AUGCCAUUGACCCUCGUCAAGAACGAUUCGAUUGCUCGCCUGGAGCUCCCAGGUGGCAAGGCUUCCGCGGACGUCCUCCUCUAUGGCGCUACCGUUAUCAGCUGGAAGGUCGGCUCUGCCGAGAAGCUCUUCCUUUCCAAGAAGACUCCUCUAGACGGCUCAGCCGCUAUUCGAGGCGGGAUUCCUCUCGUUUUUCCAGUCUUCGGACCGGCAUCGGAUCACGAGGACAACGAAGGGUUGGAGAAUGUUCCCAGACAUGGCGUUGCUAGGACUGCUCAAUGGCAGCUCAAGCAGAACAAGGAAGUCGAUGGCAAGAAUGCUCAAGGUCAGGAGAGUGCUACUGCCAGCUUUGCCCUGUCCUCGCAAGACCUACCGGGGAUUGACUCAAAGUACCAGUGGCCCUUCGAGCUCGUCUACGAUGUCACAUUGACUGCAAAGAAUCUCACAACCUCGCUGCACAUUACGCAUUCUUCCUCCUCGUCAGCAUCGGCACCCAUGCGAUUCCAGUGUCUGUGCCACAAUUAUCUAGCCGUGCCAUCUUCUCUCAGCUGCUCCGUAAAAGGUCUGGUGGGACAAUGCUACCUGGACAAGACCGACGGAGCAAAAGGCAAGAUGCUCUCGCCAGAAAAGGAUCCCAUUAUCCUCAAUGGACAAGCUAGCGAUGCCGUCUAUCUCGGCCCAGCGCCAGAUCUGGUCGAAUUGAGCUACGGAUCGCAAGGGGGUGGAUUGCAGCUUACGAGGUCAGAGAAUUGUCCACAGACGGUGGUGUGGAAUCCUGCAGAAGAGGGAGCAGCGGGGAUGAAGGACUUGCACGAGGGAGGAUGGAAGGAGUACAUCUGUAUCGAGCCUGGCAAAGCGAAUGGCUUCGAGGAGCUGGAAAAGGGUCAGACGUUCACAUUUGCUCAAACCCUCACAGCUGUCUGA